CCCUAAAAUAAGCCCCAUUUAUGUAGUCUGACAAAGCUUUGUGCACAGCCAUGGCUACUAUAAGCAAAACAAUUGGUUACGAGUAUGACUUCUUAGAUGAAGUUCCUGAAGACUACUACUGCAAGCAGUGCAAACAUGUAGCUAGGGAACCUACUAUCAGUAGUUGCUGUACAGAAAUUUUCUGUAAAAUGUGUUUAGAAGAAGCUAUCAAAGAAGAAAAUCCAUGUCCUAGCUGUGAGAGCAAAGAUAUUGGCUUAUUGGGUCCACAUAAGAAAUUUAACACUAGAAUUGGCUCGCUAAAAAUUUGCUGUUCCCUGAAGAGUCAUGGCUGCAAAUGGACUGGACAACUUCAACACCUCGAUGCUCACUUAGACCUCACUACUGGAGAUUGUGUCUAUGUCGAUAUGGACUGUCCCAAAGGCUGCGAGCAGAGAAUUCAGAAACGCAAUUUGGACACACACCUUGCCAACGAGUGCCCGAAUAGAGACUACAUGUGUCAGCACUGUUCUUUUCGUGCCACCUUUUGUGAAGUGUCCCAGCAUUUUAAAGUUUGUCGGUACUAUCCCCUUGUGUGCCCCAACAGAUGUGGAGCCACAUUCGAAAGAGACGAUCUUCAGGACCACAUUAAAAUGUGCAGUCGGGAAAACGUCCAGUGUGAGUUCAGUUACGCUGGUUGUGAGGCUGAGUUUAUACGAGACAAACAAAUGGAGCACAUGGAGCAAAACAUACAGAAACACCUAGCUUUGAUGGCAGCUGCGACUCUAAGAAUCAGCCAAGAACAGCAACAAACAUUCGAACAGAUGCUACAAAAGCAGCAGCAAGCACUCGACCAAAAGUUUCAACAACAGCUUCAAGAAAAGGAUGAACAGAUAAAAACACUGGAAGCUCACCUUCAAGAACAAGAAAGAAAAAUUGCACAACUACAAGCAGCCAACUUUGACAUUUCGAGAGGAGUGGGCAUUUUGCCAUAUGCUUUUACAGUCUUAAACUAUCAACAAAGGUCAGAAAGUAUUUCUUAUGUUAAUAGCCCAGAAAUGUAUACACAUCCAGGGGGUUACAAGUUUAUGGUAAGCAUUUACUUGUGUGCACACAUGUCCCCUCUUUUGGGAGUGUUCGUAUAUUCAUUGAGUGGUGACCACGACGACAAGCUUGACUUUCCAACCAAGUUUGAGGAGUCAUCCACUGUGAAGUGACAAGAGAGAAAAUUGCUAGUGGCGAUACACUACUUAGUAACACAAUCGGUGCUGAUGGGAGGUUCAUUCUUUACACAGACUUGAAAUGGAAUUCAAAUACGAAAACACAAUACUUAAAAAGUGAUUGUUUGAAGUUCCGAGUAUGCAAAAUUCAAGUAAUUAGUUGAAUUUUGUUUUCCAGAUAUUUUUUUAUUUUGUCAACAUGUUUGUAGUACCAGUAAUGUUUAUGAAAUAAUACACAUUGAGGUGAGGGGGGUUAGCAUGCUUGGGUGACACUUUGUAUAUUGUUUUUACAGAGGUAGACUAUAAAAUUUCAAGUGUUGUUCAUUCAUGAUAAUAGAGCUGGUAUGUGCAUGUAC